GAACGCCGGGGGGAGGAGACCCAGCCAAAGCAGAAGAAGGUCAAGGCCAAGAACCAGGCGGACGCCGGCUACGGCUCUGGUGAGUUCUCCCUCGACUGGGAUGUGGACAGCUACCGGACGGAGUACGAGAGCGGACACUGGGACCUGCGACGCAGCUUCAUGCUGGCCCACAAGGAGAAAUUCGAGGAGGAUCGCCUGGUGUGCCUGGCCCAGACGUUCAUUAACAUGGAGUUCAUGGGCUGCAAGUAUCCUAGCGAGACGAUGCGCCUGGUGGCCGAAAUGUCCAAGGAGAUUGCCGAGGAAUUCCGACGCAAACGCGAUCAGCGCCUAAAGCGUACCUUCGUCUCGGCCUCGGACGCGGCGGAGCAGCGCGCCAAAGGGCGCCGGGCUGCAGCCGCACGAGCAGCGGAUUCCCCAAAGGAUAGCUCGAACAGAUUAACACGAGAACGCCUGUGCUUCGGCGGCGGCGAGCCCAUCGAUCUCUACCAGGACCUGCGUUUCGGGCCGCUCAUCUUGUACUUGGCUGGAGGGCGCAAUUGCCUGCGUAACUCCUGCGCCGUUGCCAAUUGCAAGUACGAGGAGCGCGCUAGCCUAGAACAACCAGCCACAGAAAUGACAAAAUACGUUGAAGUAUUGGUAAACGACGAGGUGGUAGCCACUGGCCAGGGAGAGAACCUCAAGUCGGCCAAACUGGCUGCUUUCAAGCAGGCGCUCCUCGUGCUGCAGUCCCAUUGCUACAGCAUAAAGCUGAAUGCCACACGUGAGACCAUCAAGGUGGAGAAAAGCAAAACCGGCGUAAACAUCAAUGUCACCAAGGAGUCCGCUGACAGCCUGGGCGAUCCCAAGUUGGAUGCCAGCAACAAGGGAUAUCGCAUGAUGCGGCUAAUGGGUUGGGCGGGCGGUGGCUUGGGGCGCCUAAAGCAGGGACGUGAAGAGCCAGUAGGUUACCUGCUAAAGAGCAAUCGCAAUGGAUUGGGCGCCAUAAAUCAGCAGUUGGAUCUCGCCGACUACAAGAAACUAUUACAGAACUAUCUGAAUUCGGACGACAUGCGUGACAUGCAGUUUGAGCCCAAUUUUAUGAAGGAGGAGCGCGCCUCGUUUCACCAAAUGGCCAACCGAAUGGGCUUGCGUUCCAGCAGCUUUGGUGUUGGCCAUAGCCGGCGCCUGUUGAUCACCAAGAAGGUCACCUACAGCCAGAUACUCACGGAGGUCCUGUCGCGGCGCAAUCCCAAGUUUUGUGAGCGGUACUUUGUGCAGGUGCCCAUGCAGAAGGCCCAUCUGUUUCCCGGCCAUGUGGCCGGCUUGGAGUUGGAAAAUAUAUGCGAAUAGGCUGGGGGAAAAAUAACGGUUCAUCUAGUAAUACUCGUACAUAUAAAAGAAUCUUCUUAUAUUUAGUUUAAGAAACAGGAUAUAAAAUACAAGAAAAGAA